AUGGAUAAAAAGAUUAAAAUAUGGGAUUUAAAUAAAGCUCCAAUAUUUCAUCAAAUGAAUAAAUCAUAUUAUUUGGAAGCAAGUAAAACAUUGGAAAUACAUAAAAGUAGUUUAAAAUUUUUAGAAAAAAUACCAAAUGGAUUUUGUUCAGUUUCAAAUGAUGACGAUUUAAUAAUCUGGAGUGAAGAUGGCGAAUUAACUAAAAAUAUAGUCAGAAAAUAUAAAGAGUAUACACACGGAAUAUUAUGUGUAAAUAGUUAUAUUUUAGUGGCUGGAUCAUCAUCACCAUUUCUUGUUGCCUAUAAAUACGAUUCACAAAAUGAACCCGCGAAAACAUUGGGUGAAACAAUUACACAUAAAGAUUGUAUAAGUAGUUUAUUCAAUGUUUCAUCAAAGCAUUUUGUAACAGGUUCAAAAGAUCAAUCAAUAAUUAUUUGGGAUUCAGAAACACUAUCACCAAUUCAUCAAUUAUAUUGCAAACAGCCAAUAAAUUAUUUAUACCCAAUUAAUAAUUUUAUUUUAGCAACUAUUAAAAAGGGAUUUAGUAUAUUUGAUAUUAUGAAUGGUACAACUGUAUUGGAGCAUGUACCAACAGAAAUAGAAGAUAAUACAACUACAGAAUUAAAUGGUGCAGUUACUUUAUACGAUCAUACUAAAAUAUUAACAUGGGCGGAUCAUCGUGUUUCCGUGUGGAACUGGCCCUAUGAGUCAGUCCUGGGCACAAGUGGUAGCGUUUAUAACAUUAAUAAUCUUAAUAGCAGUGGUGGAGGUAAUAAAAAAAGAGUACCAUUAAAACCAACUUUUAUCGGCGAUAUGAAGGGCCACACCGAUUAUAUCAAUUGUGUAACCGUUUUAAGUGAAAACUCAAUUGCUACAGGUAGUUCAGAUUGUAAUAUUAUUUUAUGGAAGGAUGGUAAAGUCCAAUCAGAGAGUAGAACAUUUUUAUCAAACCAUAUGAACGACUCUUAUGCGAAAACAAGCAGUCAGUAUAUCGAACACUAUAUUGAUGAGCAACAAGACUAUAACGACGAUCCAACUUUUGAACAAAAUAUCUAA